AUGGCGGACACCAAAACUCCCCCAGACAAUGACCUUAUCGUCGGCGUCAACAACCGCGAUUCGGCUGAGAUCGGCGAUCACCACUCCGCAAAGCUCGCCAACAACUUCGUCCAGAGCGCCAAAAAUGCGUCAGACAAGGAACAGCAGAUGAGCCUCUCGCAGGGCAUCAAGCUGUACCCCAAGGCCAUCGCGUGGUCGGUCCUCAUCUCAACAUGCAUCGCCAUGGAGGGCUACGACAUCUCCCUCGUCAGCAACUUCUACGCAUUCCCCCAAUUCAACCGCAAGUACGGCGUCUGCAACGCAGCCGGCGAGUGCGAGGUUCCCGCGCCGUGGCAGGCCGGUCUGAGUAACGGCGCCACCGUCGGCGAGAUCAUCGGCCUCUUCAUCAACGGAUGGGUCUCGGAACGUUUCGGCUACAGGUGGACCGUCAUCAUCUGCCUGAUGCUGGUCACCGCUUUUACGGCCCUCUUCUUCACCGCGCAGAACGUCCAGACCCUCCUCGCCGCCGAAAUCCUCUGCGGCAUCCCGUGGGGUGUUUUCCAGACGCUGUGCAUCACGUACGCCUCCGAGGUCUGCCCCGUCGCCCUGCGCGGCUACCUGACGACCUAUGUCAACUUCUGCUGGGGCCUCGGCCAGGAGAUCGGCAUCGGCGUCAUCAUGUCCAUGCUCGACCGCGAGGACGAGUGGGCGUACCGAAUCCCGUACGCGCUGCAGUGGAUGUGGCCGGUGCCGCUGGCCAUUGGCAUCUACUUUGCGCCCGAGUCGCCGUGGUGGCUGGUGCGCAAGGGCAAGAUUGACGAGGCCAAGAAGUCGCUGCUGCGAUUGACGAGCAAGGAGAAGGACACGGAGUUCGAUGCCGACGACACGGUCGCCAUGAUGGUGCACACGACGGCGCUCGAGGAGAAGAUCACGGCCGGCGCGACGUACAUGGACUGCUUCAAGGGCGUCGACCUGCGUCGCACCGAGAUUGUCUGCAUGACCUGGGCGAUCCAGAACCUCAGCGGCAACUCGUUCUCCAACUACUCUACGUACUUCCUCAAGCAAGCCGGCCUUUCCACCGCCAACUCAUACAAGUUCGCUCUCGGUCAAUAUGCCAUCAACAUGGUCGGUGUCUUUGGCGCCUGGUUCCUGAUGUCGUGGGGCAUUGGCAGACGCACGCUGUACUUCUACGGCCUCUGCGGACUGUGCAGCAUGCUCAUGAUCCUCGGCUUCCUGGGUCUCGUCCCCUCCGCGCACCGUGAGCAGGGCGCGCUGGCAACGGGUAGCAUCAUGAUCGUCUGGGCCAUGUUCUACCAGCUUACCGUCGGCACCGUCUGCUACUCGCUCGUCAGUGAGCUGCCGUCGCGUCGUCUGCAGAUCAAGACCAUCGUCCUCGGACGCAACCUCUACAACAUCGUGGGCAUCUUCAACAAUGUCGUCACCCCGUACAUGCUGAACCCGACCGCGUGGAACUGGUCCAACUACACCGGCUUCUUCUGGGGCGGCAUCUGCUUCUGCUGCUGCGUGUACACGUACUUCCGCGUCCCGGAGCCCCGCGGCCGUACGUUUGCCGAGCUGGAUGUUCUGUUCGAGCACAAGGUCAGCGCCCGCAAGUUCGAGUCGACCAAGGUGGACGUCUUCAGUGAGGAUGUCGACGAAAAGGCGAUGCACAACUACAACCAGCAGAUUCGCGUCUCGCACUCUGAGAAGGACGUGCCAGUGUAA